AACAUAAUGAAAAAUCACCACUAAAGAGAAAACAUAAAGAAACUAUGAGGAAAGAAGCGAAAAACACAAACCAGGGAUAUUUUUUCUUACCGAGAGAGGAAGAGCGGAACUUGGGGAGAGAACAGAAAAUGGAGGCUGAGGAGGAGCAAAUAGGGAGGAAUGUGGAGGAAACUGAAGCAGGAGGAGGUGGAGAGAUAACAUUAGCAACUAUCAACACCAACUAUCUCAAGGGCCCCAUUACUGUCACAUCUUUCAAGCCGCACAAUGUUGUCCUUCAGAAGCCCGGCCAAGGCGAGGGUGAAGGAGACGAAGGAGAGGAAGAAGAUGAGGGAGGAAGGUUGAUUAAGGAGAAGAAAUGUUUCGCCAGUGAGUAUGAAGAGGAUCAAGAAAGGGAGGAUAAGGAUAAUGAGGAUGAGGGUUACAAGGAGAGGAAAAUAAAGAAAGGCAACAUCACCAAGAGAUAUUACGUGCAGAAAUUCCGCAAGGAGUGGCUGACAUACCCAGUGUUCAGGGACUGGUUGUCAAGAUGUAAUAACAGUGACGACAAGGCUUACUGUACAGUCUGCAACAAGGAGCUGUGUGCCGGCAAGUCUGAGCUCCUGCGACACCACAAGGGGAAGAAGCACCAAAAGAAGAUGGAGAUGUGGGUGCAAGGAGGAAGCAGCACCACCACCACCACCACCAGUACAAGCAGCAUUCAUGUGAAGGCCUCAGAUCCACCUGAUUUGUCGACGGUUCUGGAUGAAAAUGGAAUGUCGCACGUUUUGCACAUCAUUGACCUCCGCAGCGACACAGUGACACAGCCUUGCCGGGAGAUGAAGAAUGCUAUGGUUAGUGCUGUGCUGGGGGACGAUGCUUUCUCAGAGGACCCCACUGUUAAAACCCUGGAGGAGAAGGUGGCUGCACUGCUAGAGAAAGAGGCAGCUCUCUUCCUUCCCUCAGGCACCAUGGCAAACCUCAUCAGUGUGAUGGCACAUUGCUGGGACCGCGGGGCUGAGGUUAUUGUUGGGGACCAGAGCCACCUAAACGUCUGGGCCCAGGGUGGCAUGGCACAGAUCGGGGGCAUCCAUCACCGCAUCAUCAAGAACCAGCCAGAUGGAACAUUCUCCAUUGAGGAGCUGCAGGCACUCAUGCGGAACAGUAACGAACAGUGGCCCAGACAUACGCUGGUGUGUGUGGAGAACACCCACAAUACGCUGGGCGGCAAGGCACUCCCUGUGCAGUGGAUGGAUGAGCUGGGUGCAGUGUGCUCCCAGCUGGGCCUGUCCCUGCACUGUGACGGGGCGCGGCUCAUGAAUGCAGCAGUGGCUCUUGGUACCAGUCCAGCUCGCCUGGUGCAGUCAUGUGACUCGGUCUCCCUCUGCCUCAACAAGGGCCUUGGGGCUCCCAUGGGCUCUAUCAUUGCAGGUACCAAGGACUUCAUUACCCGUGCACAGAAGAUGAGGAAGAUCAUGGGGGGUGGCCUCCACCAGGCAGGGAUGCUGGCUGCAGCAGGACUGUGGGCACUUGACAACCAGGUUCCCAAGCUAUGCGCAGACCAUACCAAUGCUCGAGCCAUUGCUCAGUGUGUGCAAGAGGAACACAGUAGCGCUGUCACCGUAGAUCUCAAGAGUGUGCAAACCAACAUUGUCCUCCUUCAUUGCGACAAUAUAAGAGUGGACGCCAAGAAAUUGUGCCAACGCUUAGCUUCUGUGACAGACACAGAGGCACAACAGCUUGGGGAGCAGGUGGUAGUGAUGAUGAUGCCUCUGUCCGACACUUGUGUGCGACUCAUGACCCACUGUGAUGUGAGGAAGGAGGAUGUGAAGGCAGUCAUCAAGAAGUUACGUUAUGUCAUCCUGGAGUACGACAAUAUGAUGUACCUGGAGUAUAAGAUUAAUGUUUGACUGUACUACUUCUGAAACUUUCUCUCCUGUGCAUUAGUCUAAACUUUGUCCUAUGCACCAGUCUAAACUUUGUCCUGUGCACGUCUAAACUUAAUCCUGUGCACUAAUCUAAACUUUGUCCUGUGCACUGAUUGAAACUUUGUCCUAUGCACCAGUCUAAACUUAAUCCUGUGCACUAAUCUAAACUUUGUCCUGUGCACUGAUUGAAACUUUGUCCUAUGCACCAGUCUAAACUUAAUCCUGUGCACUAGUCUAAACUUUGUCCUGUGCACUGAUUGAAACUUUCUCCUGUCAGUACAAGACUGUGAAAAGGGAUGCUCUAUUUUUUCACCAACACUGUAUGUGAUAGAUAAGUUUGUAAAUUAUUUCCCUGUGUAUUUUAUAUGACAGAUCACUCCCAGAUUUACAUACUAUAACGUACAUGGAUAAGAAUGAGUGGAGAGCAAUUGUGUGCGUGUGUGUGUGUGAUUGAGAUGAUAAUUGUAAAGUAAUCAGAGUUUUAUAUGAUUAAGAUGCUCUGAUGUAAGGAAGGGAAUGAAUAGAGACUGAUUGUGACAUUGAUGGUACAGAGUAUUAGUACAUUAUACUGAAAAGAAAUUUGCCUGAUAAAGUUUGGCCUUUUAAUGUAAACUUUUGUACGUACGUGUGUGUGUGUGUGUGUGUGUGUGUGUGUGUGUGUGUGUGUGUGUGUGUGUGUGUGUGUGUAAAUACCAGAAUUAUAAUAAAGAUAGUAUAUAUUU